UGAAAGAAGACUCUCCUCAAGGAAAGAAUUCCUCAUGCCACGGCAAGGUUCUGGAGUCGCAGAUGAACUCUGGCACCAGGACAAGCAUUUCUGGAGCCCUCCUUCUCCGCCCCCAUUCCAGGAAAAAUCCCUCCCUGUCUCAGAUGAAUUUACUGACCUCAACUAUAAAAAGACAGAAGUCCAGAGUCUGAGAGGAACUCAUGGUUGAAGAGGUGGAUGUCUGUGGAGGCAACAUACCCCAUUCCAACGAACUUUGGUUUUCGAAUGUGGGAUUGCUUCAGAUCCUGAUUCUGACACCAGAUAUCUUCACCUAAAAAUAAAAGGCCAAAGUGAAAACCAAGAAACAUUUAUUUAUGCAGGUACUGGUGCUCUGGACACAACCUAUUCACCUGUCAUCAUGGAGCUAGGAGAUGCCUUCACCAUCUUUCUGGAGCUCUGCUUGUUUUUUUUGCUCAUCUUCACUGCCUGGGUACAGAUCAACAAGAAGGGAAAUCUGCCCCCUGGCCCCACACCUCUGCCCUUCCUGGGGAAUGUGUUGCAACUCCAUGCUGGUAACAUCUCUCAGUCUUUCACAAAGCUCAGGGUGAAAUAUGGCCCAGUCUUUACAGUAUACAUGGGUUCCCGGCCAGUAGUUGUUUUAUGUGGACAUGAAGCAGUAAAGGAAGCCCUGGUGGGCCACGCAGAUGAGUUCAUUGGCCGUGGGAAGAUGCCUUCACUAGAGAGAAGCUUCCAAGGUCAUGGUGUAGUUCUGGCUAAUGGAAAACGAUGGAGGAUUCUCCGAAGCUUCUGCCUGACCACCCUUUGGGACUUCAGGUUUGGAAGGCGGAGCAUGGAGAAGCGGAUCCAGGAGGAGAUCAGCUUUCUACUGGAGGAAUUUCAUAAAACCAAUGGUGCCCCCAUCAAACCCACCUUCUUCCUGAGCCGCAGUGUCUGUAACGUCAUCAGUUCCAUUCUUUUUGGAAGCCGCUUUGACUAUGAGGACAAGCAGUUUCUGAAGCUGCUGCAGAUGAUUAAUGAGAGGUUCACGGAAAUGAACUCGCCCUGGACGCAGCUAUAUGACAUGUAUUCCGGAAUCAUGCAAUAUUUGCCAGGAAGACAUAAUCGCAUCUACUACCUGAUAGAAGAGCUCAAAGACUUCAUUGCCUCUAGGGUCAAGAUCAACGAGGCAUCCUUUGACCCACAGAACCCUCAGGACUUCAUUGACUGCUUCCUCAUCAAGAUGCACCAGGAAAAAAAUAAGGCCUACACAGAAUUCAACCUUAAGAACCUGAUCAUCACCACUCUCAACCUACUCUUUGCUGCCACAGACUCAGUGAGCGGCACCCUCUACUAUGGAUUCCUGCUCCUAAUGAAGCAUCCUGAGGUGGAAGCCAAGAUCUGUGAAGAGAUUAACCAUGUGAUAGGACCACACCGAGUCCCAAGUGUGGAUGACCGAGUCAAGAUGCCCUACACAGAUGCUGUAAUACAUGAGAUACAGAGAGUGAUUGCACCCCUGGGAUAUCCCCACAGUGUCACUCGGGACACUCAUUUCCGAGGCUACUUUCUGCCCAAGGGCACUGAUGUGUUUCCUGUGCUUGGCUCCGUCCUCAAAGACCCCAAAUACUUCCGCUACCCAGAUGCCUUCUAUCCUCAACACUUCUUGGAUGAAAAGGGCCACUUCAAGAAGAAUGAAGCCUUUGUGCCUUUUUCUUCUGGAAAACGCAUCUGCCUGGGCGAGGCCAUGGCCCGAAUGGAACUCUUCCUCUACUUCACCUCUGUCCUUCAGAACUUCUCGCUCCGCCCGCUGGUGCCACCUGCUGACAUCGAUAUCACCCCCAAGAUCUCAGGCUUUGGCAACAUUCCCCCAACCUAUGAGCUCUGCCUGGUAGCCCGCUGAGCGCCCCCUAAUGGGUGCAAAAAGAACCAUGGAGAGCUCUGCCCAAGUAUACAGGGGCACCCACCCCCAUCUCCUUAAAAUCUCUCAACAACCCUAAAAGAAGGUGCUACUGUGGUGGGGCCACAGGUCAGUGAGGGUCACUUGAAAAUAUAGAGCUGCUUAUCUUCUAGAAAAGCCAGGCCCUGUCCAACCUUUCAGCAACAACCUGGAGAAUUUGCAUUCUCCUGUUCACCUCUGCCUAGGCUUUCUGUCUCCACCAAAUUCUUGUUGUAGAUUCUCUGCCUUUAUGCUGUCCCUUUGUGUGUACACACUGAUAUUGAACCAAAUGCAGUUCAUAGUUUCUUCCUAAUUAUCCUCUCUCACAAAAUAAAAUUAAAAUAGCAGGUAUAUCAAGGUUGUUCUGUGUAGCGGACUUACUGUGUGUUGUAUGUUACAUCACUGCAGGGCAUAGAAAACAACUUAAGACAACCAUGCAGACACACUUGUGAUUUAUAACCCACCAGAGAUUUCCCAUUGGGUGGGGCCACCCUGUGUAACACUCCAUUCUCAACCAUCUUUUGGCUUAUUGCCCCUCCCCACAUCAAUUAUCUCUCCUCCGAAACCUGCAUUCCUAGUUUAGAAGGAAUUUCUAUCACAGCUUUUAUUCCAAAUUCUCCCCAUUUUAUUUGGAAGAACAGUUCAGCCAUCUCUGACUUGUAUUUCAUUUCCAAACUCCUCAACUUGCUCAGCUUAUGAAAGUCUUCUCUUAUAUUUUAUUUUAUUCAAGAAAUAUUUAUCAAAUACCCAAUGUGACCAGCACACUCUUCAGGUACUUGGGAUCUAUCAGUGAACAAAACAGCCUAAAACCCCUGCCCUCAUGGAGUUUCACUGCAGUGGGAAAGGUAGACAAUUAAGAAUAAACAUAAUGAGUAAAUGAUGUGGUAUGCUAAAACAGCAAUGAUUCCAGGAUUGGGACUGUAAAUGGGUAAUCAGGGCUGGUCUCACAAGGUAGUGGGGCAGCAACUCAUACAAAUAUCUGGGAAGGGAUGUUCCUGGCAGAGAGAUUAAAAUCAGCAGAGGUGGAAUGCAGGAGGCUGCCUGUGGGUUUAGGAUUCCUCAAGGAGACACAUGUGGCUGGAGUGAGGGAGAAAGGGAAAGUAUAGGAGUAAAUAGGAUGAGGGUACAAAGUUAAAGAGCCAUAUUGGGUGGAGCCUUGUGGGCCUUCCUGAGAACUUUGGCUUUUAUCCUGAGAUGGGAGGAUCUUUGUAAACACAGGGUGGCAUAUGCUGACAUUUUUAAAAAGGCAAGCUCUAGCUGCUGCAUGGAGAAUAGAUUGAGGGAGAGGGUAGCAAAGAUACCACUUGUGUAGGUGAGGAGAAGUGAGUGGAUUUGAAAUCUGUUGUGAGGACCGAGUCAACAGGGUUUACUGAUGACUUGGAUGUGGAGUGGAAGAAAAAGAGGGUCAGAGAUAAGACACCAUCUUUCAGAAUCUCUCAGCCUCACACCUUCCAGGUCUAUGAACCCCCAUACCAGUUAGAUUUAUAUUUUAGGGAAUAUGAAUGGGCUUUCGCUACUUAAGUACAUAAGGUUGCUGGUUAUUGUAAAGUCAUCAGUAAGUUCAUAUUGUUUUGUGAAUUCUGGAAAUACAGGCUCAAAAUAUGAGUAGGAAAAACAAGAAGCUGUGUUGGAAAACUCCAAUCAAGGUCACAGCCAGACGUACUGGCUAGUCUCAUUUCACCUCCUCCUCCCCCAACUCCUGCAACUCUGGGCACUGAACACCACUGCUAGGGGACUCUUGACCCACUGUUUCCACUGUGGACAACUUCAUAGUUGUAUUUGUGUUUUAUGUUACUUUCUCAAUAUUCAAAUUCCCAGGCAGAACUAUCCAAUUAAUCACAUAUUAAGGCCUUAGGAUUCAGGGUGCAGUGAGGAAGAAUAAAUGCCCCUUCUGUUGCUGCGGUGGGAGGCCAAGCCUUACCCCUGAUCAAGAAUCUCACAAUAGCAGACUUCUCGAAAUUGGAAGGGAUGUUGAGAAUGGAUAGAUGAGAAACAACAAAUGCCAUUAUACACAACAUGUCCACUGGGUCUUCUGGGAAGCAGAGACUGAGGUAGAGUUUGGAGGACAAGCAUUUCAUGGAAGGAUCAUGCCUGUGAAAGAUGAGAGUGGGCCGAAAUAGAUUGAAUCAGGACAUCUUCAGACCAGGAUGCAGCUGUAACACCCAUGAAAGGAAAGAAGAGAUGAAGGAAGGCUGGGCAAGGAGAUACCCAUAUCUCCAUGCAAAGUUAAUAGAGCCUCAUUAUAUCAAAAAGUACAUUUAGAUUGAAGAUCGCUAUUGGGGUGUCUCGUGUUGGGCAAGAAGUGGUCAUGCCUUGGACCCCAGCUGUUCUCAGUUGCUGGCUGGGGCUUCCUAGGAAGAGCAUGGGUUCUGAACCAUCCAGAAGGUGCUACAGCUGCAGGCUGUCCGUUCAGGGCACUCCUUACAGCUGAAUGGCCAGUUCCUUACUGAAGGGAGAGCUGAGUGUCACAUCUUCGUGCCUGCCGCAGACACAAACAUACAAAUACACAUCAUUUAAAUCUGGGUGUUCUCUCCAUAAACAGUUUUCAAACCUACUGACACAAGUGCAAGUAUAUGGUACAACAGUUUUCACACAUUAUUAGCUGUAAAAAUCUUUUCUCAAAUUUUC